AGAGGAAUGGGAUGAUGGGAAAUAGGCCCUCACGUGAUAGGCAAGCGGUAGAUUUUACUCGGCUCGCUUCGGUGGCUUCGGUUUCGUCUGCUGCGGGGGUUUCGGAAUAUGCGCAUAUACUCGGCGCGGCAAACGCGCGCCGAGGUUAGUUCAUGAAGGGAUCCGUGUGGCAGUCGAGUCUUUGUAACGCACCGAACCACCACGCAGCUGGCCGCUUAAUUAGCAGACAGGCGCCAAGGCUGUUGCGAACGAAGGCGUCGGCAUUGCGCCCAACAACCCGGGAGGACCACCUCAAGGACGACUGGUUGCGUUUCGGGGCGGUUUCAGGGAAACGAGGAAACCUUUCGUCCUGCAAACGUGUGAAGGCAACCAAGCCGCCUUUCCGACGGCGAUACGUCGCGUUUGGGGACGUCGUUUGGGAAACAAUGAUGCCUUUCGCCCCCGCAAAAAUGUGUAGGCGAUUAAGCGAGCGUACAAGGCCCGAAGCGACUGCUUUCCCACGGGAAGAAAAUUCGUCCCGUAUUGUGCCCAAGGAUGCACUGGCGAGCCGGGGACUCCGAACAUAUUUAGCGCCGUGCCGGCCCAUAGUUAAGGUAGACGGUCCCACUCAACGCGCUGUCGUUCUGCUCAUAGUCUUCGGCCUCUCAGCAGACCGGCGAGAACUACCGUCAGCAAGGCGCACCUGCGUGAUGAAGUGUUGUGUGCCAGGAUGCCCUAACCGAACAGAAAAUCGGCGUGAUGGUCUGUCCUUCCAUAGGUUUCCAAGGCAGCGUGACCUGAGAGAAGAGUGGGCCCUAGCAGUGUGCCGCUCACCUGCGUGGGCACCAUCACAUUGGAGCGUUGUUUGCUCGGAGCACUUCAGCGACGGUGAUUUUGCGAGCGGUACCAAAGGCCACGGUCACUUGAUGGCUAAUGCAGUACCAUCGCUCGCGGGCCCCACCAAGAUGCUUGCAAAGGACGAUGCUACAGCAAUGAGGCAACCUUCAAGUGCACCAGCUUCAUCCACGGGAAUAUCACAGCAUCAAGAUGAGCCAGCAGGUCUCUCUGAAGUGACAAUAGCCAUGGACAUCUCCGAGGGCUUGUCAGAUGUGCUAGCAGAGGGUGCUGCUACAACUGCUAGCUCGUCCUUCGCUGAUUCAGACAUUGCUGAUGAGCCUUCCGAAAUCCAACAUGUCCUGUCUCCCAGUCCAAGGCCUACCAGCACGCUCGAGGGUGAUGCUUCUGCUGUGCUGCCUAUGCACAACCCAGCGACACCUCGAACAGCAAGGCAUACUAUGCCACAGCAAGCAGAAGACACACCUGAAAAGGCCUUUCUGAGGCACGAAGUGAGGCGUUACUCGCAACUGCAAACUGCGACCAAGAAAAAGAUCAAGACUCUGCAGCAAUCCCGUCGCCGGCUUUUACAUAAGGUUGCUCAUCUUCAAGAUGUCAUUCAAGAUUUGUCUGAGAAUCGCAUUCUAGGAAAUGAGGAUGUUGCCACGCUGCAGAGUCUUGGUGGGGCAAAAAAAGACUUGCUCAUGCGUCAACUGACACGUAAGUCUGGUGCAGCAGUGUCACCCACUUAUUCGCCAGAGCUCAGGGCAUUUGCACUGACGUUGCAUUUUUAUUCACCUAGAGCAUACCGAUAUGUACGAGCUACUUUUGACACAUGCCUUCCGCAUCCAAAGACUCUGUGCAAAUGGUACCAAUCCAUUGAUGGGGCUGCUGGGUUUUCAAAAGAGGCACUGACUGCAUUGGCUAUGAAGGUAGAGCAAAAUUCACAAAACGGCCACUCCACAUUAUGCAAUCUGGUUGUGGAUGAGAUGGCCAUUCGGAGACAUGUGGAGUGGGAUGGAAAGAGGUUCCAUGGAUAUGUUGACAUGGGCAUUGAUGUCAAUGAUGACAGCUUUCCAGUUGCCAAAGAUGCAUUUGUUUUAAUGCUUGUUGCAAUCAAUGGCAGAUGGAAGCUGCCGAUUGGCUACUUUCUAGUGGAUGGCCUUGGUGGUGAGCAGAGGCGCAAUUUGGUGCUGCAAGCUGCUGGCUUCGCUCACGAAAAAGGUGCACACAUUGUGAGUUUGACAUGCGAUGGCGCUGCAGCAAAUUUGUCAAUGCUGCGCAGCCUUGGCUGCAAGAUGGACCUGACUGAGCUGGAUGCUUCUUUUCCGCAUCCAGUGACAAAAAAGCCUGUCUUUGCCAUGUUGGAUCCCUGUCACAUGUUGAAGCUGCUGCGGAACACCCUGUGUGAUAAAAAGGCUAUUGUUGAUACGAACAAACAGUUCAUAUUGUGGAAACACAUUGAUGAGCUGCAUGAAAUUCAGUACACAGAAGGCCUACAUUUGGCAAACAAACUUAGACAGGCACAUGUUAAUUGGAAAAACCAGCCCAUGAAAGUCUCAUUGGCGGCUCAAACGUUUAGUCAAUCGGUAGCAGAUGCUCUUGGUGAAUGCAGAGCUCGAAAAAUCCCAAAAUUUUCAAAUUCCUUGCCAACAGAAAAGUUUAUUAGACAUGUCAACAACGCAUUUGACAUUUUAAAUUCAAGGCAUCCAAGGCAAGAAGGUUGGAAAAGGCCACUGUGUCCUGAAAAUGUGACUCGUGUCACUGAGUAUGUCGAAGAACUGAAGGCCUACUUUUGCUCACUUAGGGAAUCUGCAGCUGGUAAACUAAUGAUAGAGACCAACCGAAAGACAGGCUUCAUUGGCUUUGUGGUCUGCUUAGACAAUGCCAUUCGUCUAUACAACCACUUGGUUACAGAAAAUGGCCUAUUGGCAUAUCUUCCGACCUCCAAGCUCAGCCAGGACCACCUUGAGCUAUUUUUUGCUGACCGACUGGUCUUGGUGAUAUCAUAG